AUGAACAGCCUUGUGGUAGCCGCUCUAGCUGCCCUAGCCUGCACCGUUUUGUCUAUCAAACAAUACUAUGGCUAUGGUUCGGGUGAGUUCGGUGAGGGUCAUCACGGAAAAGAUCACAACUCCUCGUACAACAAAGGUUUCACCAAAGGGUUUGAGAAAAAGGGAUAUGGUGAUUACGAUAGCUACGUAUACGGUGGAUGGGGAAGCCACGCCAAAGGCGAAGAACGAGGAUCCUACUAUGGAUCCGACCAUAACAAGGAUCACGAACAUGGAGAGCACCAUCGUGAAGAACACCACAAGGGACACGAGAACCACGAUGAUGGACACCAUGGUCACGAUCAACACGAACGCGACCGUGACAAUGGCUUCGGUCAUGAAUUUGACCAUGAUACCUUUUCGUUAUACCAACAUCGCGAUCAUCAUCAUGAUCACUACGACGGACCUGGCAAACCUUUCGGAAAUCACCAUUAUGAACAGCACUACGGCUACGGCUCUGGUGAAUUCGGCAAGGAACAUCACGGAAAGGGCCAAGGCUCGUCUUACAGUAAGGGAUAUGUUAAAGGGUUCGAAAAGAAAGGAUAUGGCGAAUACGGUAGCCAUAGGUACGGUGGAUGGGGAAACUAUGCCAAAGGUGAAGAACAAGGAUCGCACUAUGGAUCCGAAUAUGUAAAGGACCACGGGCACGGAGGGCACGAACACGAGGAGCAGGGAAAAGGAUACGAAUACAACGAUGAUGGACACCACGACCACGACCACCACGACCACGACUACGACUUCGACCAUGGCCAUGGCCAUGACGACUUCUCUCCAUUCCAUAACGGCGACCACGACCAUGGCUAUGGCCACGACAGCCACUCUCCUUUCCACUACGGCGACCAUGGCGACCACGACCAUAACCAUGGGCAUGGUAUGCCUUUCGGCAAUCACCAUUUCGGUAAGACCAUGGACACGAUCACCAGUAAAACGCUACCAGAUACAACGACUGAGACCUUUUCGAAACUCGUUAUGCUUCAAAUAUGA